AUGUGGUUGGCAAAGAAUCUAUAUCAUUGUGGUCAAUGUGGUCAUUGUGGUCAAUGUGGUCAAUGUGGUCAUUGUGGUCAUUGUGGUCAAUGUGGUCAUUGUGGUCAUUGUGGUCAAUGUGGUCAUUGUGGUCAUUGUGGUCAUGGUGAGUUAAAUGAAAGCGAGUUUUCACAGAUUAAUACUCAAAUAGUCAUGUUGCGAUAA